AUGAAGGAUGUUGCAAAAGAGAAAAAUAGUGCAAUUGUUGGUUCUACUGUUAUAGAAGAAAAUGGAAAAUAUUAUAACAGAGUCUAUUUUGUAACUCCUCAACAAGAAGUUUAUGAAUAUAAUAAACGUCAUCUCUAUACAAUGGGAAAUGAAGGAAUUUGUUUCACAAAAGGUCAAAAGAAGACUGUUGUAAAUUAUUUAGGAUGGAAAAUAAAUUUAGCUAUUUGUUAUGAUUUAAGAUUCCCAAAUUGGUUAAGAAAUUCUAAAGAAGAUCCUUAUGACAUUUUACUUAUUGUUGCUUGUUGGAGAGCUGAAAAAAGACAUCAUUGGAUUACUUUAACAACUGCCCGUGCUAUUGAAAAUCAAUGUUAUGUUAUUGCUUCAAAUAAUUGUGGAAUAUUACCUGAUACUACCCCAAAUUGUCCUGAUGUUGUUUAUACUGGAGAUUGUAGAUUUGUUGAUUAUUUUGGAUAUUCUAUUAAAGAGGCAAAACCUGGAGUUGAACAAAUUAUUUAUUCAACUUUGGAUUACCAAAAACUUCUCGAUUGGAGAGCACAUUUCCCAGUUUUGAAUGAUGCUGAUUAUUGCGAGCUUUCGAUUGAAAAUGAAAAUACCAAUUGA